AUGUACUCAAAACUGAAGUUCCUCCAAGGCAAUUCGACUACCUCAGUUCGAUCAGCCUCUCAAUUCCUCAUAGACCUCCGAGGUCGGAGAAUUCAAUCGGACGAAAUCAUGGUCUCCUUCGAUGUGACGUGGUUAUUCACAUCUAUCCCACCAAACGUGGCCCGCGAAGUCUUGCGCAAGAGACUUGAAGAGGCGUACGAUGAGACUCAGAAUGCCCUAAAAAUUGAACACCUCAUGAGGCUGUUUGAAUGCUGCCAACAAACUUUCUUCACUUUUGCGGGAGAGACCUAUGAACAAAUCAAGGGAACCCCAAUGGGCUCACCUGUCUCCGGUUUGGUGGCAGAACUGGUCCCACAGGAGUUGGAAAAGAUUGCCUUCCUCCAACAUGAACCGGUGUUUUGGCGACGUUACGUUGACGCAGGUUCGUCAUCGUAGAGAAGGACAUGCUGCAACAUUUUCACAGUCUGCUCAACGCAGUCUUCCCGGAUAUAAAAUUCACGAGAGAAGAAGAACAGGAGCAGCAGUUGCCCUUCCUGGAUGUGCUCGUCAGACGGUGAACUUGAAACGACGGUUUAUAGGAAGGCAACGAACACCACACAGCUUCUCAGUUUUCACAGCAACCAUCCGGUGGCUCACAAACGAAACUGUGUGAAGACACUCUUCAAACGGAUCCAAACUCAUUGCAGCAAACUGGAAGAUAGAGCGCGUGAGGCCCGUUAUCUUCGCGACCAGUUUGUGCAAAAUGGCUAUCCACGGGUAUUCAUAAGUCGCUGCCUACACGGUCGCCACCAGAGAACUCAAACAUCAACGCCACCGACGAUAUGGCAUUCUCUGCCAUACAUCAAGGGUGUUUCAGAAGCGACCGAGCGCAUUGCUGCGGAGCUAGGGGUUGGAAUCGCACACCGCCCCAAAGCCACCAUGCGCAACAGGGUCAUGAAGAUCAAAGACCGGUUAAAACCUGAAGAGCAAUCUGGAGUAGUGUAUCGCAUUCCGUGUCAAAAUUGUCCUUGUAAUUAAACAGGACAGACUGGACGCAUGCUCGGAUCGCGCAUACAUGAACAUAAGCUGGCUGUGCGGCGAGGCGACGCAUUAUCACAAGUGGCCGCCCACACCUACGAAAUGGGUCACGAGUUUGACUUCGCAGCCACCAAAAUAGUUGCCCACGCCGGAGACAAAACAGGUCGGGAAUUGAUUGAAGCCUGGGCCUCGGAUGAGAACUCGGUCAAUCGAUUUAUCGAUCUGGCGCCGGCGUACAGAGUCCUUCGUAGUCACCUCCAGUCGUGCGACGUCGGUCGAUGA